AUGCGAUAUUCACUCGUUACCGGAGUGUCCCUUCUGUCCGGAUACGCUCUCGCCGGCGUUCCGAACAUUGAGAUCAAGGGCUCCAAGUUCUUCUACGCUAAUAAUGGCAGCGAAUUCUAUCUUCGGGGUGUAGCCUAUCAAGAGGACUACAGCGGUGGAGGUGCUGGCGGUACUGGCCAGUCUAGUACCAGUUACAUCGAUCCCCUAGCAGAUGCGGCCAAGUGCGAGCGCGACAUCCCCUACCUCGUGCAACUGCGGACGAACGUCAUUCGGACAUAUGCCGUGGAUCCUACCGCGAACCACGAUGAGUGCAUGCAGAAGCUGGCAGAUGCUGGGAUUUAUGUCAUCACCGACUUGGCCUCCCCGGAUGUAUCCAUCACGUCCAAUGCGCCCGUCUGGACGGUCGAGCAGUAUGCCCGCUACGCCAGCGUCAUCGAUGCGUUUCAAAAGUAUGACAAUCUGAUUGGCUUCUUCGCUGGCAACGAGGUUGUCAACCAGGCAAACCAGUCCGCUGGCGCUGCGUUCGUCAAGGCUGCUGCGCGCGACAUGAAAUCCUAUAUCAAGAACAAGGGCUACCGCAAAUCACUGGCAAUUGGAUACGCGACCACAGACAAUCCGGAAAUUCGACUGCCGCUGUCUGACUACCUGAACUGUGGCGAUCAAUCGGAGGCGAUCGACUUCUUCGGGUACAACAUUUAUGAAUGGUGCGGCGAUAAGACGUUCCAGGAUUCCGGUUAUCAGAACCGAACUCAAGAAUAUGAGGACUACUCCAUCCCCAUUUUCUUCUCCGAAUACGGAUGCAACGACGAGAAGCCCCGCAAGUUCACCGACGUGCCUGUGCUCUUUGGUCCCCAGAUGGAGAAUGUCUGGAGCGGUGGUAUUGUGUACAUGUACUUCGAGACAACCAACGACUACGGCCUGGUCUCCGUCGACGGCAACACCGUCAACACCGAAGCAGACUUUGACUACUACUCCCGUGAGAUCCAAAGCGCAACCCCAACCGGCGUUAAUAGCGCCAGCUACUCCCCCACAAACUCCCCGCGCGCCUGUCCCACCGCCGACGACAGCUGGCUCGCGAAGUCCAGCCCACUGCCCCCGAUCCCAAACGCUGAUCUCUGCUCAUGCAUGGCAGCCAGUCUGUCCUGCGUGGUCAAGGACUCCGUGGCCGUUAAGCAGUAUGGAGAGCUCUUCGGCGAGGUCUGCGGAUACGGACAUGGCAUCUGCGACGGCAUCGCGCAUAAUGCCACGACGGGCCAGUACGGAGCUUACAGCGUCUGCUCGAGCAAGGACCAGCUGUCCUACGUGCUUGACCGAUACUAUCAGAGCCAGAAUAAGCAGGCGUCGGCGUGUGACUUCGCCGGCGCCGCGAGGGUGCAGUCUGCUCAGGGGGCGUCGGGCGAUUGCAAGUCGUUAAUUAGUCAGGCGGGCACGGCGGGCACAGGUACCGUCACGUCCCAGCCUACGGGCACGGGGGCCGCUGCGGGCUCUGGUAGUGCAGCUAGUACGUCGACAUCUAAGGGAGCGGCUGUGGGUGCGGUGACACCUGCGGCGGUGCGGGUUGGAGGAUGGCCGAUGGUUGUGUAUGGUGUUGUUGCUGCGAUGGCUGGUGUGCUGAUGAUUUCUUUGUAA